GCACUUACAAUAACCUUCCACUAGGUGGCGUGUAUUAGUCUCUUCAAGACAUGCUAAUGUAACACCGGAUACAGGUUAUUACUCCGCCCCUUGUUACUACGGCAACCGUAAGACGCUAAGGAAAAGCUACCCUCUUAUGUAUUCCUCCGCACGAACAGGUCCAGAUAUUAUUUAAUUUCAGAUACUGGAAACAAGGACAAUAUGGCUACAGAUGAGGUUCUUCCAAGGGUCAAUCUGUCCCCGGACCCUGCUAUGUACCGGCCAAAGCCAUCCUCUGAAAAGACUCAGGACAUCUCUCAUUUAUUGACGAGUCUCUUCAAAAAUGUAUAUACUGGAGAAGUCAUUGGUAAAGACACAGGAGCCAACCUGAUCCGAUCAAAGGGAGGAGACAACCCUUACCAUCAAAAAUUUGUAGAGGACCUUCAGCAGAUUCGUACAGAAUAUGAGAGCAGAAUGGUAGAGUGUGACAAGGUGGAACGUCACAUCAUUCAGGCUCGUGCUCGAGCUACUGCUCAGGAGGAGCGAAUGCUGAACUGUCUGAAGAAUGAAGCUGGGGAUGCAUUACAGAAUCUGGGGUUACCCCCUGUUGAAUCCUAUUUUAGAUGGUGCGUAGACAAUGAUCUCCUGAAGAAGCACAAACUCAUCUGUCCUGAAGAUUACAUCACAGACACACAGCCUAUUACCAGAGCUCCAAGAGGAUUAUCUGAGCCUUCCUUGUAUAAAGAGACAUUCAGUUUCCACCAACACAUUUCUAGAAGCCCUGUGGAUGAUGGAUACUGUGAUCCUUCACCUCCAGACAUAUCUCCAAAGGGUCUUGAAGAAAAGUCCUUAUCUAACUUGACUUUAUCAUCAUUGUCCAGCUCUGAAAAUAUAAGUCAAAGCAAAACAAGAAAGGAUAAAUGUGACACUAGUAAGAAAUCUACAUUAUCAAAAAGGAGAUCACAUAAGAUGGAGAUGAGUGCAGAAGAAAGAGAAGAUGAACGAGCCCGCAUUGCACAACUAGAGGAGAGACACAAUUUCCUCAAAAAUCCCCGCUUUUUACCACCCAGCAGCCAGCAUGGAGGACGAUCGCUCAUUCUUCCAACAAAGAAAAGAGAAAUGUUAAUAUCUGGGAAGACCAGAGUAAUUGAGGAGCAUGAUGCAAAUGAACCAGUCCCAGUGUUCCUGGCAAAUCCUCCCAUUGUAUUCUUCCCCGAGUAUGAAGUGGGACAGAUAUAUGAAAUGACAGUAGAGCUGAGAAAUAUGACAGCGUCAAGUCGCCAUGUCAGGGUGAUCCCUCCUUCAUCGCCAUAUUUCUCUAUAGGCCUUGGAAAGUUUCCUGGAGAAGGAGGGAUUGUGGCCCCUGGAAUGAGCUGCCAUUAUACAGUACGAUUUGUUCCCGAUUCUUUGGCAGAUUUUGAGGACUUUAUACUGGUGGAAACCCAAGCUCCAUACCCUGUCUUAGUUCCUAUUGAAGCAAGGAGGCCACCUCCGAUACUAACGUUGCCCCGGACUCUGGAUUGUGGUCCUUGCUUAGUUGGUGGAGUGAAGCUCAUUGAAUGCCUCUGCAGAAAUGAAGGUUUCAGCCGUGGAAGGUUCUGUAUUAUGCCCAAAAGCAUCUGGCCCCCUGCAAAUUUCAGAACUGUGGCAAAUGCUGGAUUUGUGGAGCAGCUACCAUUUUGCAUUCGACCUGCCUCGUUUGAAUUAUAUCCUGGACAAGAAACCAUUAUCGAGGUUGUCUUCUUCCCUUCAUCUUCUGAGACCUACAGCCAGGUUUUUGCGAUUGUUUGCGAUAACUGCCAAGUGAAGGACAUCACAUUAACAGGAUAUGGACAACUUUUAGGUUUGCAGCUGGUUUCUGUCAGUGAGGACAAGAGUAUUCCUGUUUCUACUGAACAUUUAGUACAGUUUCAGAGUACAAAUGUACAUUCAACAGAGAAGAAGAGCAUUGCUGUUAGAAACACAACACAUUUGGAGCUUCCAUUCUACUGGCAAAUAGUGAAGCCACGUCCACAAGAUUUACAACCAGAAGAGCCAUCAGAAAUGACUAAAAUCGAGUACAGUGUAGAUGAAUACACAGCUUUCACUAUUAGUCCACCACAAGGUAUCCUGCAACCCCACAAGGAUCAUGUCUUCACGAUGACUUAUACGCCAACUGAGCUCACCGAAUAUCACAGUACUGCUCAGAUGAUAUUAAGAGAUGUUCCAGACCCCCCAAGCACAGAACUACAUCCAUCCAGCUUUACUGAGCUCGAUCCUUUGAUACAGGAUGCCAUAGUCAUUGACCUAGAAUUUAAAGGGACCACCGAGCCAUUUAAUUUACUUUUGGAACCGUAUGCUGUCAUCUUUCCUGGCGAAAGUUUUAUUGGCACAGCUGUGAGAAAGCAGUUUAAGAUGUGGAAUAACAGCAAAUCCACAGUCCAGUUUGAAUGGGAAAACACAUUAACACCAAACAUUAUUCAGAUUGAACCGCACUCUGGAAACAUCGAGCCCAGCGACUAUUGUGAAUAUGAACUUAUCUUCACUGGACUGAGGACUGGAUUCACCAGUCAGAAUGUGAAUUGCCACAUACUAAAUUCUGCUGAGCCUGUGGCUUUGCAUGUGGAGGCCACAUUUAAGGGACCAGUGGUAGCUAUUAUGAUGCCGUUGCUUGAUCUGGGGCUUAUAAAACUAGGAAAUAAAACGCUCAGCAAAUGUACUAUUGAAAACAUGAGUCCCUUGGCAGCAAAGUGGAAGAUUCAGGAGAGCAGAGACUGUCUAGCUGUGAGAGGAGAGGAGGAAUCAAGCUUUUCCUUUUCUCCUGAGAGCGGUGCGUUGCCGCCUCUAGGUACAGCGGAGGUGUCUGUGGUAUUUAAGCCGUUGUCCUGUCAGAGGCUGGAGACAGUGCUAGAGCUGGAAGUAGAGAAUGGUGAAGGAAGCUACCUUCCUGUCAUUGCUGACAUCCAGAUGCCCCACGUUUGCCUUCUUUCCAGUUCCUUGGUGUUCAGUGAGGUCUAUGUAGGAGUCAAAGCACAGUCAACUAUAAAAAUGUUUAACCAGGGACAACUCCCGGCAAAGUUUUCCUGGCAAGAGUUUACAGCUAGCCAUCCUGACACUUGUAUAGUCAGUGUGACUCCAAUGAGUGGCCUGUUAGGACCCAAUGAAGAGUCUGAGAUGUGUGUGACACUGGAAACCUAUACAUUGGAUGAAAUCGAUGACCUGACAUUACGCUGUCUGGUAGAAGAUAUGAAGGAACCUUUGGUUCUUAAUGUGAAAGCAAAACCUAAAGGUCUUCAUGUCAGCUACUCCUUAUCUGCUUCAGAGGACCUAAAUGAAUCCACUCCAUCAAAAGCUCAGGAGCUGCUUCUAGACUUUGGAUCAGAGAUUACUUUGCAGAAUACAGUAAAACGGACAUUCACUAUAACAAAUCACUCAGGAAUAUCUGCACCAUUUUCACUAUGGGUCUCUUAUUUCAGUGGCUGUCUUACACCACAAGCGCCAAGAAGCUCUAAUUCAACCUCUUCUCUCAUACAAAAGACUGCUCGGUUUGCCAAGGAAGUAGCAAAAAGAGCAGAAGAUGAUUUCAGAACAUCAGUGUUGUCAGAUGGAAAGGGUGCUGCAUUUAUCCCUCAUCCAAGCACUGGAGUACUGGGGCCUUUUCAGCAGAUGUCCAUAGAUGUGACUGCUUAUAAUAAUAUGUGGGGAGAGUAUUCAGAUCUGCUUGUCUGUACGGUUGGAAAUCUGAGCCCCAAAGAGAUUCCUAUAAAGAUGAAUGUGAAAGGAUGUCCUCUGUACUUCCAAAUGACAGGACCAAGACCUGACCGACAGACAGAAGGACCUGUUAUAAGGUUUGGAACCCAUGUAUCUGGUGGAGACACAGUUUCUCGAUGCCUUCGUAUUAACAACCCCAGUCCUUCUGACAUUCGCAUUGACUGGGAGACUUAUAAUAGAGAGCAGGACACAUCCAAGCUGCUGGACCUGGUGCUACUUUUUGGAGAUUCUUUCCCUUUAAAAGACAUAGAUGGAAAUGAAAUAAUUUAUUCCAGUCUAGAUUUUCCAGACAGUGACAACUCACCUGUGAACUGGAAUAAAAUCCCCAAUUCUUCAGGAACUACAUCAUCCUCCUCAUUCAGAAGCAUAGGUAAACUAGAGGGAGCGGAGCAGACUGAACACACAGAUGAAGGAGUGGGGGACGACCUUAAUGGACUAGAAAGUGAAACACCAGAAGAAAAAUUAAUUUCUGUCAUUCUGAGGAGCCAUGAGGGAGUCGCCUCUGAUUACCCAUACUGCAUCACUCCAAGGCAGAUGAUUGUUCCUGCCAGAGGGUCAAGCACUAUACAUGUGUCCUUCACUCCACUGAUGUUGUCAGAGAUCACCAGUAAGACAGAAUGCAGUGGAUUUGCCCUAGGAUUCUUGAGUCUGGAUGACAUGUCUGCAAGACAUAUACCCGGAAAGGUGAAACGGCUCCAUGCGUAUGGGGUGGAGCCAAUCCGAAUGGAGCUCCAGGCAUUAGUGAAGCCCGCUCUGCUCAGCGUGGAUUUUGAAGAUGAGGAUGAAGAAGGCUUGGUGUUUUAUUCUGUAGCAAGUGACCUUAUUCCUGAUAAGAAAUCUUCAAAUAUUUUGACUGAAUUCAUGACAACGCGAAACCUAAAGCUGAUCAAUUGCACCGAGACGCCGUUGUAUUUCCGCUUGCUGCUCUCCAAACCCUUUGCAGUUGCCGCUGUUGACCCUAAUAAAAGCAUCAAAACUUCCCACAGCGAUCGGGAGGAGCGGGCAGCACAGAUGGUGCUACAUCCACAACAGAACACAUUGGUCAAAGUGUCAUUCUGCACAACCCUGGAACUGCUAACUUACCAGAAUCUGCCGGAUGAUCAGAUGCUUCCUGGUGUUAAGAUCCUUCAGUCAGAGAAUGGCGAGAAGAAGCUGCACUUUACCCAGCAACUCCUCAUUGAGUACAGCAAUAACAGCUGUCAGCAAGUCCCAUUGAGUGCGUAUCUAACCGUGCCAGUGUUACAGCUCUCCUGUGAUACUGUGGACUUCGGCACAUGCUUCGUGGGGCAGGCGAGGACACAAGAAGUUUUUCUGAUGAACAGAAGUGGAUCUAAAAGUUAUUGGAUGGCUUUACUGGACAAACGGGACAGGCACAGUGACCAGGAUAUAUUUUCUGUCUCCCCCACCAGUGGGACUCUAGAUGCGCAUGUCAGUCACACUUCAUCCAGUAAGGAGAUGUUAUCAGUGACCUUUACAGCAAGGACCAACAAAGACUAUAAGACAGUAGUGACGGUGCACGGCAUGCUGGGAGAAAAACCCCUGAAAAUACUGAUUAAAGGAAGAGGAUCCUAUGAUGAGAAAUAUGAGGCUUUACUCAAAGCAUAAACUGAAGACACCUUUCUACCUACAAUUUCAGUAUUUUUAAAUACAAUGUACGGUAACCUAUAAUUUAUAUUGUAGCCUGU